AUCAUACCCGGAAGUGCCUAUGCUAAAUGAAAGCACAUAGUUAUGGUAUGCUACAUGGCUGCGCAUUGCAGGAUUGUCUCUGGUUGAACUUUAGGGGUGCGUUGAUGACAAAGCUGCCAAAAAUAUAAGUGACCCUCUGCUGAUACGUCGGCGGCGGACGAGACCUGACGUUGGUUUAACCACACCUAGGAGUUUGUUCAGGCCAGAGCCUAGUGUUCGGCUGGUUCGAAUAUGACUCUGUCAUUCCUAUUGGUCUUGGCUGCAACUGUGAUUCUUAUCAGACCUGAGACACCUGUAACCAAGGCCCUACAUCAGAACUCACUUGAGUGCUGUGGCGAGAAACAGAGAGUGAACAAUUCAUGUUCAAAUGACACUCACUGUGAACCAGGAUGCUUCUUGCGUAUUCUCGAGAACAGCAACACUGUUUGCAUAUUCUGUGACUCAGCAGCUGUGGAUAUGGAGAACAUAACAGUCUGUACCUACAACUAUACAGUGGAGAGGAAAAAUCACACAACUGUUACCACUGUCCUUCCUAAAAUUGGAGGGCCAGGUGUGGCAGCCUCCCUUCUUGUGGGAACACUGUUGAUCAGCUUGUUCCUGAUCCUCUCCGUCGCCUCCUUUUUCUACCUCAAACGCUCCAACCGACUCCCAAGCAUCUUCUACCGCCGAAACAAGGCCUUCAUAUUCCAACCAAGUGAGACAGCUGUCAUGAUCCCCUCCACGUCAGUGAGGAAGCCAAGAUACGUCAGAAGGGAGCGGGAGAGCGGGAGAAGGGAGCUGAAUAGUGCAACCGUACCCACCACAUCCACCACUCAAGACUAUAAUGUGUAGGAGGAGCGAAGUGAGCGAGUCCUGAUGCAGGUAGGACAGAAGGCUCAGGAAUGAUGGAUUUUCUUAUCAUGUGAAGCUUUAACAGUGUGAAGACAGACCAGAUGAAUCAUACAUCAGAGGCCAGAUUUAACUGUAGCUGCUUCUGCUGCAUUCUCUCCAGGGCUGUUUUUUUUUUUUUUCCUGUGUUUAACAAGAGUAUGAUAUUGAAAACAAUCGGUAACUGACCUGUCAAUCUUCCUUAAACGGUCUCUGACUUGUAUUAAAUCAGUUUUUCACACGACACCUGAAACAACCCAAGCGAAAUGUGAUGUGUUUUCAUCCCACUUCACGCAGCACUACAGAAUCACUCCUUUGUUUUUAAGUCUAAACACUGUUGUUAGUUUUUAUCUGUUGUUUGACAGUGUGUGUUCAGGCGGCACUUAAGUGAUGGGUUUCAUUAAUAUGUGGCCCUGUUUGAUAAAGGAAUAGACAUUUAAGGACAUAUAUUACAUGUACUCUUUUAAUCUGUAUAAAAAAACUGAAGGGGAGAAGCCGCAAUUUCCCCCGUUUGUACGGACCAGAGUAUUUGGCAUAAUUAUAAUUUUUUUCACUUUGGUUUUUGCACAGAUUUAAUGGACAGGAUGUAACAUGUUAUUGCCGAGCUUUAGAGGUGCUGGUGGAUUUCUAAGCUGAGCUAAGACUUGGCUUAGCUCUGCUGGCAGUAGCUUCAUAUUUUUAACCGAUAAAGGAGUAGUGUUGGUCUUUUUUUCUUUCUUUUUUUUAAUAAAUGCGUGAUAUUUAUUUAGAUUUUAUAAAUGUGCACUGAGUCUUACUGAUAACGAUCAGACCAACAGAAUAAAUGAUGUGUCUCCGAGCAGUUGAGUUCUUCUGGGGCAUUUUAAGAGGAGGCCCUUUGAUUGUUGUUGUUGUUGUUGUUUGUUUCUUUGUUUGCGUGUUUUUUUAUAAUUGCAUUUAUAUUUAUUUAUUUUUUUAUGCUUAACUAAGGUGAAUGUAUUACAAAUGUACAAGAAAUCAUGCUUUGCAGCUGAUUGUGAAUUGCAUUCCGCAACAACCCAAUCAUGAAAGAUCAGUCAUUUUCAACAACAUAAUUAUGUUUUUUCAAAGAAAGGUCUGCUAUCCUGCAAAAUCUGUUAAAAUACCAAGUUUGUUCCUUGAAGCAAAUUUAAAUUCCAAUAUAUUUUUAUCUCAAAACAUGAAAAUUUACAAAUCCUUGCGCACUUUAUUUGUCUGCCAUCAGCUAAUUUUUAAAAGACAUACUCUAAAUAAUUUGUUGCCAUCAGAUGUGUUUGAGACAUUUUCGUUGUGGCAACAUUAUUGUUGCGUUGUGAACAUUACUUGACUAUUAACUUCUGCCAAAUGUUGUCUGAAGAAAAUGGCUUUUACUGUGCCAUUACUGUGAUUACUGUGCCAUUAUGAGCUUUAAAUGUAGCCAGGAAAUGUAAAGUUAUGGCGUGAUGAAUAAUUAGGUGUAUGAAUUAUAUCCAGUGGCCUAUAUUGUAUACAAUUCUAAAACAAGGCUAGUCAUCCAAGUUUUAUUUGCUACAUGAUAUUUUAUUUCCUAUAAUUUUAUAUCUUGACAACACUAAGGCUGUUGAAAGUUACUUCUGUCUUCAGUAUAUGUGAAGCCACAUGAAAUGCACCAGGAAAAAGGCAGCAACCAUUCCAUGAAUAUUUCCCUUUUUGCUUCAUGUGUUUGCUCUUGUGCAGACAACCGUAAGCUGAAUACACAUACAUAUUGUUUUAUACAGAUGAUGUAUUGUUUUUGUAAUGAUGUAUAUAUUCUAGUUUCAGUGCCAUGAAGAAUGUACUGAAUGUUUGGAGAAAUAAAGCACCUUUCCGUAA